UUUCCAGUCAUUGAUCUUAAUUUUCUUUAAUCAGUUCUAAGUCUUCAUGUCAGGAAGGCUCUGUUGCAUGGUGAUGAGAGUUAACAUAGACUGCCAUGGAUGUUUCAGGAAACUAAGAAGAACCCUUCUUAAUAUGAAAGAAAUAGAGACAUAUGCGAUAGAGAAGGAGCAAUGCAAGAUAAGCGUAUGUGGGAGGUUUAGACCGUCGGAUGUGGCGAUAAAGGUAAGGAAGAAGAUGAAUCGGAGAGUGGAGAUACUGGAAAUCAAUGAGAUUAACGGUGGACAAACAGAGCAAAUCACCACUGGCCAGUGAUUGGUGUGCUCGAGUUUUCUUUCAGCUGACGAAACCGUCCCUUAGUCCAUUAUUAGACCUUGAAAAGCUUUGAUUGAAUGGAAGAAUGUGCAGAAAAUUAUGAUACCAUGGGGGGCAACUAGAAAUAUGUAAAUGAUUAU